AUUAGCUUCAAAUUCUCUUCAGGCUAGUGCAAUAGCUUCCAGAUUCCUGUCAUCCAUUGCAACAGCCUGUACCACUUCAGCCAACGCUAGUUACAACAUCCAGUGCAAUCAUCUCAAAUACUCAGUCACUGCCCCGUGACUGCUGUCAUCUCGGAGCCCCGUCCCUGUCACAAAAGAGACAGUUUUCAGUAGCUGCGGCAUCAACUUUGUCACCUUGCCUUCAGGAAACAAUGGAGGUACAUGUCCCUCGGAGGAGCCCCAGUUACCUCUCCGGUCUGUAUCAGAACAUGCUAAGGGCUGAAGAAGCAUUGGGUCCAGGACGGUGGCGGCCGGAGCACCAGCCAUUGCGUGGCAGCUCCAGUCUGAGCACCCCACCCAAGAGGGAGCCACAACCAAGUCAUCUUCAGAGCAGCACUACUAUCAGCUGUGACCCACACCUGCAGCCUAUCAUACGCCGACGAGCCAGGUCUUUGCCCCCUUCCCCUGAGAGGUUGAAGAAUACAGCAGCACAAUGCCGUGUUCCUAUGUGCAAGAGAAGCCGUAUAAACCGGGUGAGAUUUGCUGAUGCAUUGGGCUUGGAGCUGGCUGAAGUGAAAGUCUUUCAGGUUGGAGAGGACCCAUCCAUCCCCUUGCAUGUCCUCUCCAGGCUUUCCAUCAACUCAGACCUUUGCUGCAGCGAGCUGGAUAUGGAGAUCACCAUGCAGUGCUUAGUGCCUGACUUCCAGCAGCCUGUGGACUGUGUGGACUUCUCCACCCGCCUUCAUCAGCAGCUGGUGUGUCUAGAAUGUGUGACCAGCUCAGACCUGGGGCUCAGUGGCACUAUCCAAGUUCUCAAUGUGGCCUUCGAGAAGCAGGUGUCUGUGCGCUACACCUUCAACCAGUGGAAGAGCGUGCAUGAAGUGUGUGCUCAUUGGCACAGCAGCAAUCCUCAGGAGGAUGGGAAGGGCCAAGCUGAUGUCUUCACUUUCUUUCUCCCCAUGCCUCCUUUCCUCCUCCAGCUGUGCUCUGUAGUCCAGUUUGCAGUGAGAUAUUGUGUCAGUGGGCAGGAGUACUGGGAUAACAACCAAGGUAAGAACUACAGCUUCACCUGCAGGAGUCACCUUCUCAAGAUGCCUAGGGAAUGUGAGGAGAGCUGGAUCCACUUCAUCUGAGCAAGAAGAAGAUAUAUGGUUAUGGAAUGGCUGCAGUGGCCUUUUCUUCCUUGGUGUUCCUCUCUGCUUCUCUGACACCACAGAAAUCCUUCAAGAGGCAAAGAUGUUUCAAAAUGAGAGUAACAAGUGAUCUGUACAAAACUUUUUUGUAAGAGCUUGAGAAAGGAUAAAGGGCCAAAAUCUGCAUGGAUUUACAUCCCAGGAGACUUCAUGGGGUUCAAAGAGAUUUCAUAGACAGAAAUCAGGGCAGAACUGGCUCAAAGGGACACUGUCAGGCUAAAUGUAUCAAAGGGAAAAUUAUGUGUUACUAAUAAUACUUUACAUAAACAAAAAAGUUUAAAAUUACAACUUAUUUGUCACCAUUUUAUACUGUUUAAUUUUUUGCACUUAACUAACUGGAAAAUAGGUUCGCUUUACUUUUUUGUUAUAGAUUUGUUUGUAGUAUUACACUGGUUCUUGGGCAUAAUUCCAGUGCUGCAAACACUGGGGUGCAAACACUGCAGGGCAAUGUUUAUAUCCAAAUUAUUUGUAUUCCU